AUGGCUCAUAAUGCCCAUCCAGAUAUCUGGGAAGCAUCACUUUCAUGGAGUCGACUAUUCACAGAUACUUCACCAGACGGUGAAACUGAAGUGAUACACCAAGAAGCUCAAGACCACUUUGAGGAGCAACAAUAUCUUGCAGAAGAAGAGCAUGAGCACCACAUGUGCGAUUUCAAUGAGCAAUGGGAAGCAGCUCUGAGAGAGCGAGAGCAGGAAAAGCAAGAAAUUCACACAUGGCAAGAGCAGCAGCAAGCACUGCUGAGGAAGAAUGUUGCUAAAGAACUAGCAUGGCACGAAGCAAAAAUAAGUGCAAGAAAAGACCAAGAGUUGACUGAAGAACUGGCACGACACAACACAGAUUUAAAUACAAGAAAAAAUCAAGAGUUAGAAGAACGCGAGAGAGCCAUUUUUGCCAAAAUGGAGCGAAGGCUACAACUAGAAAUAGAAAAAAUGAAGGUAGAAAAAGACAACAAGCUCACUAACAUGGAGCAGCACUUCACAAGACACGGUAGGCAACAGCAUGCGGCCACGGAAAUCGGCACAGACCCCACCCAAAGGAACGCUCAACAGCCACCCCAAAUGCCCCAGAAACCACAGUUCAAGACUCUGUGCCUCGAGACGAUCAAAAAGAUCAGGAAGGCACGUGGAACAACACACAAGAUGCACCUGGUAUCUGCAGUAGAGAAUGCGAAAACUCUCAAUAUUCUCCUUGAAGAAUUGAAGAAGGGGAGUGUAGAAGAGGAGUGGCCGUUCCAGAGGUCAGAUGGCUAUUAUAAGGUGAUACUCGAAGAUCACUACAAGCAGCUGCAGAUGGUCUGGAGAGCAGCACAACCAAAGCAUACAGCAAAGGGCAGCUUGGAGACUGCAGCAGAAGUGGAGGAGAGGUUAAUUCCAAAAAGAGGUGAAAAUCUGAAGUCAGUUUGUCAAACAACUUGUUGGCGAAAUAAAUAUCUCCACAGAGCAAAAGUUCUGGAGCAAGUUAUUGAGCUGAAGAAAGAUGGCGAGGACGAGGACCUACCAGCUUGGCAUUGGCUUCAAAAACUAAUCAAGAUGCUGGGAGAUGGAGGUAUGAGUUCAGAAGAAAGUGACAUAGAAAACAACAUCAAAUGUGUACUCUGGGUCAAGAACAUGGCAUGGUGUCAUGGGAUAGAGCAAGAACUGAAUAUCAUCAAUAACCAGAGAGUGUUGGAUGAUGAAAUUUUUGCGCCCCAGGGUUCCAAACCAAUGAAAAGAAUACACACAUCGGGAAAUUUGACGACUGUAUGGAACCUGGUCACUGGAUUACCCAAAGCCCUAUACAACGGCAGAUGGUUUGAUGGUCUUACUGGAGGUCAGGUAGAAAGGUUGAAUGUGUCAGAUGAGACAUUCCGAUGGAUGACAGUUGGGGUAGCAUAG